AUGAAGCGGGGCAAGAAGAACUCGGAUGCGGGUGACCCAGUGAUCAACUCGGAUCCUCGAACCGGGUCUAGCGAAUUGGAUUCCUGGAUGAAACCAAGUUUGAGCUCGAUGAAAUCGAUGGGUCUACUUCUGGCGGUUCUUAUGGUUGCUUCCGUUAUGUUUUCUCUGUCGGUGGUUCUCAGAGACCCUCCUUCCGAUGAUGUUGUGGAGACUGAUGCAGCUUCUAGGGUUCUUCAGCUCAGAUUCCACCAAGCCAUGGAAUCAGGUGGUGGGUUAAGCGAGAAGAAGGAUCGGUUUGGCGACAAUCUUGUCCUUGGUUUUGAUAAAGAAUCAUGCUUGAGCAGGUACGAGGCGAGUUUAUAUCGAAAGGAGUCGCCUUUUAAGCAGUCUUCUUACCUGGAUUCUCGAUUAAAGAGUUACCAAGAUCUUCAUAGACGGUGUGGACCAUUCACUGGUUCCUAUAACUCAACUCUGGACAUACUCAAGUCGGGAGAUGGGUCUGAUGGUGGAACCUCGGGUUGUAGUUAUGUAAUAUGGUUGAACUCUGAUGGUGGUGAACUUGGAAAUAGGAUGCUGAGUCUUGCUUCAGCCUUUCUCUAUGCACUCUUAACAAACCGGGUUUUGCUUGUUGAACCAGCAGCUGAAAUGGCUGAUCUUUUCUGCGAGCCAUUUCCAAACACUUCCUGGUUUCUUCCCUCAGAGUUUCCGCUCCAUGAACAGACUCUUCUUCGCGAUUCUGGCAACGCAACCUUUGCAUAUCGCCAUCUAGUUCGUGAGUCCCAUGAACAACAAAAGCUUUUCUUUUGUGAGGAAAGCCAGGUUUUGUUGAACGAGACCCCGUGGUUGAUCAUGAAAGCGGAUAGUUUCUUUGCCCCAUCUCUCUUCUCGAUCUCUUCGUUUGAGAAGGAACUCGAAAAGCUCUUCCCGGAAAGAGAAACGGUUUUUUACUUCCUGGGUCAGCAUCUCUUUCACCCAACUAAUGUUGUCUGGGGUCUCAUUACACGAUACUACCGGGCUUAUCUUGCUAGAGCUGACCAAAGAAUAGGAAUCCAUAUUGGGGUCACUGAUACUGGAAAUGAUCAUCAGUUUCAACAGUUGGUGGAACAGAUUCUAGCGUGUGGAAUCAGACAUGAGCUGCUUCCUGAAGUAGAAAAACAGAGACAUCUCCCUUCAAGCCAAGUUCUAAACCGAAAAUCAAAGGCAGUGUUUAUCUCAUCUUCUUCUCCAGGGUACUUUGAGAGUAUCAGGGACGUAUAUUGGGAAAACCCCACAGUGACGGGAGAGAUAAUCAGUGUUCACAAGCCGAGCCACAAGGAAUACCAAAAAACACAGAGGAACAUGGAGGGCAGGAGAGCAUGGACUGAGAUUUACCUUCUGAGUUGUUCUGAUGUGCUGGUGGUCACAACCCCAUGGUCCUCACUCGUGGACGUGGCUCAUGGCCUUGGAGGAUUGAAGCCAUGGGUACUGAACGGGUCUGACCACGAUCCUUACUGUAUGAGAGCAAGGUCAAUGGAGCCCUGUGCCCAAACGCCAUGGUCCCAUGGCUGUAAAGAUUAG